UCUAUAUUGUUCUUCUUCAACCUGUACGGCACGCAUCUGAGCGGAGCCACGUACUCCACCUGAUGGAUGGGACGGACGUCCUUGCCGCUGCCAGCUCUAUAAAUCCCCUUGCAGCCUAGCUCAGAACCCUAGCUUCUUUCCCUCCCGCCGCCGCUCUCUGCCUCCUCUCUUUUCUUUGUUGUCUCCCUCGCUUCGCGAGCUCGCCACGCACACCGGUAUCUCCGCUCCGUCUGGGAUGGCCGCGACACCGUCGGCAAGCACAGCUUCGUCGAGCUGCGCCUUCGUCUCUGCCGUGUUCUACUCCGACCAGCACCGGUUCCCGCUUCCUCGCUCACGUCCUCCUUUUCCCUGCGCACGUUCUUCUCCGUCAACACCACGCAGCAGCAUGCACGUCUUCGUCCCCGCCCAUGCGCGCACACCGUCCGGCCUCCGCUGCUCGUUCCCGUCGCUGCUCGCGGCCGCGCGCCGUCAAGGUCGUCUCCGACAUACACGAACCCGUCGACAAGAACUGCGUCCUCGUCCGUGUCCUCCACCUCCCCGAGCUCUUCUUUGGCCUCCACCGCGCCUUGCCGUCUCCGACGUCCAGCAGCCAAGAAGGACUGCGCGUGCUGCAGCUCAUGGCCGGCACAUGCACGCGUGCGCCGACCUCCUCUUUGUCCUCGUCUUCUUCACGGAGCAGGCAGCACCAAGGCCAGCUCGCCAAGAUCUCCAUCUGCACGUCGUCGACUACCCCGGCCACCUUUCUUCUCCAACGCCGGCAGCUCCACUGCCUCCCUUCCCUCGUCGACGAGCACCACCAGGCAUUUGCUUCUUCUCGGAUAGGAUCACGAAGUGGUGUGGUGAGAUACGACAAGUUCUCCGGAUGUCCCUCGACAAGCUUUAACAAGCAAGCAUUUCCCCUAUACUCCUGUCCCUGCAGGAGUCGCUCACCUAUUUUAUUUUGCCUUCUCCCUCAUGCUAUCCUUAAGUUGCGUUCUUGUCACGUGUCCCUUCCACUUGUUACCUCAAGCAGCCCAUAUUGCCACCACCACCUCCUACGGCUAUUGUUUGGUUAUCGAGUCUGCCUUGCGAGUCGUAGUGCAUGCUAGUGCUGUUUAUAUAUCGUAUCAUUAUUGUUAUCUUAUCGGGUUAUAUGUUGGGAAGAAUCAUGGUUACUUUAGUUGUUGAUAAUUGUUUAGCGGAGGCAUCGGUGAGUCAGCUGCUCCUUUUGUGACGGCUCACUUGUGUUUCCUAAAUAUCUUAGGACCCGAGUUCUUGUUAUCGGUUCCGAGACUGAGCGCUCUAACCACACGUGGGUAUGCUUACCGGGUCUCCCCUCGACCACUGCCGGAAUCUACAACUUUGCCCAGUGGCCACAACUAGUUUGAAUGUUUGUUUGUUUCUCCCGGGCGUGCAAGCAUGUUUCUUUGUGGUCAGAUGAUAUGAUGUUACUUUUGGGGAAGCCAUGUUGCCUUGUAACCCCGUUGUCUCUUGCACGCUCGUAGGAUGCGGUACGUAUUGUUAAGAGGUCAUCCUCUAGUGGGCUCUGAUCCUCUUAGCCGUAGACGCAAACAACUAAGUCCGCUUCGGAGCACGGCCGGACUUCGAUACGGGUUCAACUUGGUUAGGUGGCUUCCUGGACAUUGUUGUAGUGAAGGAGAGUGUGUGUCGUGAUAUCCACCUGUCGUAAGUGGGUUGAGCGUGCGUGUGGGCAUAUUUGGGCACCCCUGCAGGGUUACAAUCUUAUCGAUAAGCCGCGUCCGCGGUUAUGGACGACUUGAAGCUGUAUGACUCGACCAUAGACAACUUACACCUGUUGUUUCAAUACUAAUAACUUACAUAGUAAGAUAGAACAACUUAAAUAAUAAUUGGUUAAAACAUGACAACCGAGUGAGUGCCUUUGUAAGUACUUCCUUGCGAGGGGGGGACACAUCGGCUGUGUUAUGUUUGCAGAGUAUAAAACUGUUAGUUUAUGCGCUCUCUCAUCUCCUCUGAUUAGACGAAUGCUGUAGAGUGUCUCUAUAGGUUUUUUAGUGCUUGCGCGUUGCCGCUUAACCCCACCAUAUUGCCUAUGACGUUCCUCUUGCGUCCUCUAAGUCCCCUGCGUGCCUCAAGUACAAAGGACGACUGGUUGACGAAUGCUUAUACGUCUUGAAGCCUUGUUAAGUACGAACCCGUACUUAUUGCUGCUUCUACGGGAUAUAACCGGGCAGGUAUGAAGAUAUGUUCGAUGAAGACGACGUUAGCAAGGUUACCCUUCCGGCUUGGCCUGGGCAGGGUUAUGGACGCCACUGGUUAUCUUCAGGACUCUUAGUCCAACUUGUAUCUUGUCCGUACUCGGACGCAUUUGAUCUUCUGUAUGAAUUGGAUCUUUGUAUGUAUCUAUUUGUACCUUGACUCGUUGGAGUCGUUGUUGUAAUGUAUGUAUCUUGUGGGCUCUAUUGUAAUCCUGUUGUAAUGUUACCGCUCGUGUUAAUUCCUCUGGCAUCACGUGUGUGAUUUGUCGCGCACGUCGUGUCGGAGGGCGUCUCUGAAUCGAUAUCGUGCGGAUUUCGGCGGGAUCGCUGGAAUCCUCAGGAUACCGGUUCCGGGGCGUCACAAGUUGGUAUCAGAGCCUCAGGUUGACGGUACCCCAUAGUCCAGCCUUUAGGAU